AUGGCUUCUACUUCUGGAACUAAGAAGCGUAAAGGGCCUAAGCUCCCUGAAAAGACAUACCUUUCAGACUCUGACUCCGAUGAUGAUGUAUUUGACUUUAGCUUCUUGGAUUUUUCUGAAGAAACUUUCAAAGCACCCUCAAAACUCUGUGAUGAUCAUUUUCUUAACUUAUUGUAUGAAGAAAACAUAUUAAGGAGGAGUAUUGAUGGAACAGUGGACGAUGGAGACAUUCCUGGUGUCCAACAAAAUGAGCAUGCCCACUUAGAUGAGGACGAUGAAGAUGUUGGUGUGGAGUAUUGGGUGCAUGAUCCCAAUGUUGACUGGAAAGAGAUGAGGCCCCGAUUAGGAGACUGUUAUGAAUCCCCUGCUCAACUCAGGUUUGCUUUAACUAACUAUGCAAUCCAUGGAGGGUAUCAGCUUUAUUUUGAAAAAAAGUGA